UCAGUCACUUUCCCAGGGUUCUUCGGUUCUUCGCUGCACUGUGUGCUCAUCUGCGCCUGUUUCAAACAUGGAGGAGAGGGAAAGAAAAAUUGUAAAGUCACACAGCAAAGAACCGGUCACUGCAACCUGUUCGAGUACACCAUCAGCUCCGGAGCGUUGCGGUAAAGCUGCGGGCAGUGGCGCAGAUAAAACAGAUGUCUGCUCGGAUAACUUCGACCCUCUCUUGGCCUUGUACUCGCCCACUGUGUCGCUUCCUUUUCCAAAUAUCAGAAGCUUUAACAAUGUGGCGGCUUACGAGAGCUUUCUAAAGGGCGGCCGGGGCAGAGCCAAGCCGGAGAAUGUGGAGAAGAAGCGGCAGAAGGCCAUGAAAGGGGUGGCGGACCCGGAGCGCAUCGAGAGGCUGAAGAAGCUCAUGGUGAACAACCCGGUGACUCCGGAGGGGGAGAGCAGCGCACCGCGGAGAAGGAGGCACAAGCCGGUGAAAAAUGUCCUCACAAGGAUGCCCUUGUGUAAAGGCAGUCCAUUGGGGGAGCUGUACCGAUGCGUGGAGGAGAAGAUCAGGGUCAGAGUUCACAUCAGGACCUUCAAGGGGCUGAGGGGAGUCUGCUCGGGCUUUGUUGUGGCCUUCGACAAGUUCUGGAACAUGGCCAUGGUGGAUGUAGAUGAGACAUACCGAGAGCCUCUGCUUGGAGAGGCAUUUUACCAUGAGAAGGCCCUCACCAUUUCCCGGCUCUUUGAGAAGCUGAUGCUCCAGGAGAGUCCAGGAGAUGAUGAGCCAGCAAAGAAGCACGGAGCCCAGGAAACAGCCAGCAAGCAUCAGCCUACAAACCCAAAAAGUGCUCCAAAAACCCCGUCUGCUGCUCAGCCUAGCAGCCGGAGACAGGACAGCAGGACGGAGUCCAAACUGUCAAACGCUGUUAGAAUCAGAACGGAUAAACACAAAGUCUCGCCGAAGGCCCAGGGGCCAGAGGUCUGCCAGAAGAAAGUCUCCCAGAAGUAUGGCAAGGUGCACACACGCCACAUCAACCAGCUCUUCAUCCGGGGGGAGAGCGUCCUCCUGGUCAACCCCCAGCCGCUCUGAUUAUUCAGUUUGAUAUAACCCCUGGAUACAAAGACUACAACCACAAUCAAUUAAAGUUUUAUUUUACGCUGCACAUCUGUAAUGAUGGGUGUGAAAGAUGAACUGCCAGAGAUGUAAUUAGAUUCAGAGGAAUCAAAAGAGGACGUUUGUUAUAUCAUAUUGAUAUGGAGCUGGAUCUCUGCCCACCAGAGAAGUGAUUUUGAUUUUUAGGAAUAAAAGCUUCUCAGUUCUAA